AUGGCAAGCCAAGAGCAAAACUCAUGCGAAGGCUUUAUUUCAUCAUAUAAAAUUAAUAUUCGUAUUCUUCAAUCAAAAUUAACUAUUGGUGCUGAACAUUGUCAAACAAAAAAAGUCUAUCGAACUGAGAUGGAUCAAGAUGAUGUCAAUAAUAUUACACAGAAUAUUUGUGAAACAUGUCAACAUUUAUUUGAAUUACUUCAUGAAUUGAUCGAAAAUGAUGGAAUAUGUUCAAAUAAAAGUCUUAAACUAAUAGAACAGGAAACUAAACUAUUACUAAAUGUGACACUUACUGUUGGUUUUGGACGAGUGUCACGUCAAUUUAAUAUGGAAUUUCAACUGGAAAGUGUUCAACUCGAUGAUAUUACUCGAUUGGAAAAUAUCAUUAAUGAGCAUACGCGAAGACUUGAACAACUAGAAUGGAAUGCAAAUGAUCGUUUUGAUCAUGCAACAAAGCUAACAUCUAUUUGGGAAAACGAAUUUAAAUUUCAAAAUCUUUCACCUACUGAUCAUGUCUAUCUUUCUGAUAAUGAUUGUACGAUACGUUGUCAAACCCAUAACAAUCAAGAAAGAGCCAUUCAAGACACACAAGCCUAUUUUGGCAGUAGCUUCGGCGUUCGGAGGAUGCCAACAACUGAAUUUACUACGGAAACAUCUUCUAAAGAAGCCAUUGUUAUUACAAAUCAAAGUUUUUUUCCUUCUAACAAUAAACGCUAUCAAUCGAUCCGAUUUAAUCUCCACCUUUCUGGUUCCUUGAAAUCUGACAAGAUUUUGAUUGGUGUUGUUUAUCAACCUAAUAAUAAACAAUGGUCUAAUAUUGCGUCAUCAGAUGAUACUUGGCUUCUCAACGUCGGUAGUGGUUCUAUACAACAUUCUAAUUUUAGUCCUCGCCAGUACACUUGGCCAAUAAGACCAAUUUCUUUGCUAUCAAAAGACAAUGCCAAUCGAACUUCGCAUGUGGACGUAUUAUUUGAUAUACACUCUCGUUGUUUAGCAUUUCGUAUUGACGAUCAAACCGAAGAUCAAUGGGCUUUUUAUUUACCUAAAAAUUUACGAAUCGAUCAGCUAUAUCCAAUUGUCAUUCUUAAUAGUUCAACAGUUUCAAUUUCAAUUGAUAUUUAA